AUGGAGUUUUUCAUUAUCAGUCCAGAGGGGGAGGAGGGAGAACCUGGGAAAGAGGGAAACGCUCCAGGACUGUCGCUCACUUACUUAAACCUCUUGUACGCCCAGCGGAUCACGCUGACCAAGUCGGGAGACUAUUCCUCAAAAAUGUUCAUUCCAGAAGACCUGGACAUAAAACAAGAAUGGGGUGAUGUAGAUGCUGACGCUGCUGCGUCCCUCGACGCCGGUGCUGUUACGCUCGCCCUGCCGCUUGCGCCCUUCCUAGGGCCUCGUCCCGCGGGGUGCUGCGCGCUUCAGCCCCCCUUCAGCGGAGCACGCCCAGUCAACCUACAGAAAAGCAUCUGCUGGACCCUGAGUGGGGAGGCAGACAUGCAGAAUCCUUGCAAAUGUGAAUGCCAGGACUGGGUCAGACCCCAGAUGGUUGCAUGGAACAUGGGGCUUGACUUGUUAGAAAGACAGUUGUGUUUUCUUUCUUUGGAUACUCUACAGAUCGUUGGUAAUGGUAAUGAUAACCUGGAUGCUGUCCAGCCCUUGGUGUAGGAGGAUCCCCGACAUGGACGUAUCACUGUGCAAGGAGGCAAAAGCUUCAAUUGCACAGUUAAAAACCUCAAGGAUGCAGUUGUCUACUACCAGCAUGAUGAUAGUGACACAACCAAGGAUUACACUGUUUUAAGAAUAUUUGAUGGAAGGCACAGUUUUGGGCACAAGUUUCCCAUUAACCUCCUGCCUAAAGAUGGCAGCCCACCAUUCCUGGUGAACAGCAUCAUCCUCAAGCCUGCAGAAGGGGAGACGGUCCUUGUUGAAAAACAUCUGUUGAAGUCUUCUAAUUUUGAUUCCAGUGAUAAUUAUAUGUUCUUCAAAAUAAUCAAGGCAAUGAGUGCUGGCGAGGUUAUCAAGAAAUCCAUUCCAGAUGGGCCAGGUAUCCCUUGCAAAGGGAUCUCCUCUAUGGCCUUGUUUCGUAUCAUCGUUUUGGAGAGGAGAUUUUUCAGGACUCCUUUGAGUUCAUUUCACCUGAUAGUUAAGAACCUCCGUUUUCAACAAUCAUCUGAAACAGAGGAAGCUUCCAGUUCCUUCAGCACUGGAGAACAUCUAAUGGUUUCUAAUUUCCGCUGGAUAAUGAAUAUCGCUCUUCAUUAUAAUUAUGUUAAAAGGUACCAGCAUGAUGAUUCAGAAACCCUUGAAGAUACAGUCAUAUUUUCAGCAACAGAUGGAUUUAACACUGCAGAUGGAGUGUUAAGAGUGCAGAUUAUGCCGGCGAAUGAUGAGCCUCCAAAGCUGCAGCCAAGAUUAAAGGCAGGACUGGAGUGUCUGGAGGGAGACAAGGAUUCUCCAAGGUAUAAACACUGCGUGGUCUCCAAUGUGCCCAGACCUGGAGAUCUGCAAUUGAAGGCUGUGUCAGCUUUGACAAGGUUGUAUCCUGGAAUAAAUUUCAGUCAGGUUGAUAUGGACAAGGACCACCUCUGAUAUUUCCACACUAACAUCUCGAACCCACAGAGUCAUGAUAGUUUUGACUUUUACUUGAUGGGUGGAAAAAACAUGUCCCCACCUGACAGUGUCUAUAUCUCUGUGAGAAUUACCAGCAAAGGUGACAUUGUUCUACUCGCCAAACCUGUAACUUUAACAGAGGGUGACAGGGUGACCUUGACGACAGAUGUUCUUAUGGCAACAGAUGGCACUAGCAAACCCGAGAAGCUGCUGUACGCUGUCUCCGUGCCACCUGUGCAUGGUCAGAUUGAGUACAUCAAUUAUCCCGGCGUGCCCAUUUCCAGUUACAGCCAGUUGGAUGUGGUGGCCCAGAAGGUCUGUGAUGUUCAUGACAAUAGCCAUGAGGCUAGUAAGGAUUCAUUCAGGCCAAAGAUUGUCAGCUGGUUUAAAUCAGUAUAUCUACCUUUACUGAAGUGCUGCUAUAACCGUUUAGACUGGCUCUGUGGCUUAUAAAUUUAGUUCAUAAAGUUGCUGAGAGGGUCUCUUUUCUGAUAUACCUCUUGGUCAUGGGACCUCAUCUCUUUUUUGGGAGAGUAGGGUCUAUUUUCAGAAAGAAACUUCAGUCAGCUGAAUGCUUGAAGGAACAUGACCUGAGAUGUACAGGAAUUAGAGCAGCUGAACAGUUCCUGGGUUUAAAUCUGAAGAGUCUAGCUGACUGGCUUUCUUUUUGCCAGUAGCUUAUUACUCGUUCCUGAACUCUUUUCUCCUCGACCACUGCAAGAGCCAGUUUUCAUUAUUACCUGCAGGCACCUGCCUGCUGCAGCUGUGUAGGUGGAGGAACAAGACAAAUCAUCUCCAAAACUCCUUCUGAAGAAAAGCCCAACCACCGUGCAGAACUUGAGAGAUGGUCGGCCUGAAAUUCCAAUAACUGCUUCUCUUCUGCAAGUCACGGACUUUCAUGGUGAAGAUGAGGAUCUCAUCUUCAAAAUUCUGUGACCUCCUCUCUUUGCUUAUAGAGAAACUCAAAAACAGGUAGCUAUGUAUGCAACACUUCUAUCUGCAGUGAUUUAAAUCAGCACAUCAUCUGAUGUGAUGCAUAUAUGAUGGGGAAAGAAAAUGAAAAAUCUAGGAUGCUGAAAAUGGGGAAAAGAUUGGAUGUUGAAGAAUCAAAUACGACUUGAAAUGAUCAAGAAUUGAAUUGCACAAACUUUUUAUCAUGUUCUUGAAACCUUUGCGACAGCUGUCAUUAACGUAGCACAUACAGGCGAGAGCGUGGAGCCAUCGUACGUUGGCAUCAAGGUAGAACAUGAAACAUGUUCACGUGGAGGAAUCCCUGCAGGCUGCAGUUAGCACCUCUUAAUGGUAUGAAGCCUACAUGUCUGGCUGAUGCACUGAAUUUAGACUAUGAGCCUUGUUUUUAAGGGCCAAGAAGUUUCAUCUAGAGUUGGCUUAGACUUCACUUGCAGUACUGUAGUUUAGUAGGCUGAUGCUGGUUCAGUAAUUGUUCUGUUCUGUUUCAUCAUGGCUCUUUUAGCUGUCAUUUAAUAAACUGUAUAUGGUAUGCAACCUUUUUAUUUAUUUACUGUCUACACACUGAAAAAAGUUACUUUUUUCUUCACACUGAAGAAAAAAUAUUCAUUCUUCCUUUUCUCCAGUGUCUGUCUUUCCUCACUAGCACAAAGAAAUUAUCCCAGACUCUUAUCAGGCCAUUUCUAUAAGUGAGAAGUGAUAACUAUCACCAGCAGACUUUAAAAAUAUGUUAGUAGUGCAAAUGUGUUACUGGUUCGUUUGCAUGCAUCAGGGUAGCUGGGCAUGCGGAUGCAUGGACUUUGGUUUGGUGUUUGAGGCAGGACAGACUUCCACAACUGCGCUUCCCUCGUGCACUGCUUGUUUUCGGUAAGCAUCCCUAUGCCAACGAGCUUUAGCAUCUCCUAGGGAAGAGCUGGCCAUGCCAGUAGCGCUGCCAUAUGCCCCAGGCAGUUCACAGCCUCUGGCGCAAGGCAGGCAUCGCAGCGGCAUGCAUGCCCAUGAGCGCCCACCGAGGGCUGCUGCGGCUCUCCCUCUCCCCAGCAAUGCCUUGGGUGUCUCAAGAGCCACAUGCUGCAGUGCUGCAGAUGUUUCCCCCCCUCGCUGGUGCCUCCUUGUUUUUCAGGUGCCUUCUCGGAGCAGCUGCUGCUGCACGGGUGCCAUUGUCACCGUCGCUGGCAGCGUCUCCACUCAGCUCACCGCCGGCACUGCACCAAGCCUCCGUGCCCCAUCACCGCCAGGCCCUGGCAGAUGAGGCCACCCUCAUGCUGGGGCCAUGAAGCUUCAAUUUUCAUGAAGCAGCCUGCAAUUUUGGGCUCCUCUGUUGCAUUCUGCUAACCUGGGAUAGAAGACACAAUGCAAACUAUUGUUCCCAUUCCUACACCAUGCAUGCAGCGGAAAAGAAACCUCCCGCAGAAAUAAAUGUUUCCUCUGCUCCGAGCUGCCUGGGACUGUGAAUUGAUUUCUGUUUCUCGACCACUGCCAAACAAGGUCGUUGGGGACUGCUGUUGGCAUGGGGGCUCCUAUAUUCACCUGCCACUUUGUUCUGGCCUCUGGACUGUGUUUUCCUGCCUUUGUGAUUGUGUAGGUGAGAGGAGGUGUGAAUUCCCACAGGGAAUGUGCAGAGGAAAUAAUGGGAAGGGCUGAUCCUCCUGCUGUAAUUUCUAGUGCUGUUUUAAAUGUGUUUCAG